CACAGUCACACAGAACUACUUAGCACGCUUUGCCAGUGUCUCCUGAGGAAGUCAGAAUCUGAGCCAGCAUGAAGACUGAAUCUGGUCUUUGGUCUGAUUUAUAAACUGUACUUUAUUCUAACCAUGUGCAAGGUGGAGGUUAUAGCAUGGAAACUAAAACCUUACUUCCUGCUUGACAUAACGCACUUCAAGAAGAGCACAAUGUCAGAACGUGGAAUUAAGUGGGCUUGUGAAUACUGUACGUACGAAAACUGGCCAUCUGCCAUCAAGUGUACUAUGUGUCGUGCCCAGAGACCAAGUGGAACAAUUAUCACAGAAGAUCCAUUUAAAAGCGGUUCAAGUGAUGUUGGUAGAGAUUGGGAUCCUUCCAGCACUGAAGGAGGAAGUAGUCCUUUGAUAUGUCCAGACUCUAGUGCAAGACCAAGGGUUAAGUCUUCGUACAGCAUGGAAAACGCAAAUAAAUGGUCAUGCCACAUGUGCACAUAUUUGAACUGGCCAAGAGCAAUCAGAUGUACCCAGUGCUUAUCCCAGCGUAGGACCAGGAGUCCCACAGAGUCUCCUCAAUCCUCAGGAUCUGGCUCAAGACCAGUUGCUUUUUCUGUUGAUCCUUGCGAGGAAUACAAUGAUAGAAAUAAACCGAACACAAGGACCCAGCACUGGACUUGUUCUAUUUGCACGUAUGAAAACUGGGCCAAGGCUAAAAAGUGUGUUGUUUGCGAUCAUCCCAGACCUAAUAAUAUUGAAGCAAUAGAGUUGGCAGAGACUGAUGAGGCUUCUUCAAUAAUAAAUGAGCAAGACAGAACUCGAUGGAGGGGCAGCUGCAGCAGUGGUAAUAGCCAAAGAAGAUCGCCUCCCACUACGAAACGAGACUCUGAAAUGAAAAUGGAUUUUCAGAGGAUCGAAUUGGCUGGUGCUGUUGGCAGUAAGGAGGAACUUGAAGUGGAUUUCAAAAAACUAAAACAAAUUAAAAACAGGAUGAAAAAGACCGAUUGGCUAUUCCUCAAUGCUUGUGUGGGGGUUGUAGAAGGUGAUCUAGCUGCUAUAGAAGCAUAUAAGUCAUCAGGAGGGGACAUUGCGCGUCAGCUCACUGCGGACGAAGUGCGCUUGCUGAACCGCCCUUCUGCUUUCGAUGUUGGCUAUACCCUUGUACAUCUGGCUAUACGUUUUCAGAGGCAGGACAUGCUAGCAAUAUUGCUUACAGAGGUGUCUCAACAAGCAGCCAAGUGUAUUCCUGCAAUGGUGUGUCCCGAACUGACAGAACAAAUCCGGCGAGAGAUCGCUGCCUCUCUUCAUCAGAGAAAGGGGGAUUUUGCUUGCUAUUUUCUCACUGACCUUGUAACAUUUACGUUGCCAGCAGAUAUUGAAGACUUGCCUCCAACAGUCCAAGAAAAAUUAUUUGAUGAGGUGCUCGAUAGAGAUGUUCAGAAAGAGUUAGAAGAAGAAUCUCCAAUUAUAAACUGGUCUUUGGAGUUGGCUACCCGUUUGGACAGUCGACUGUAUGCGCUUUGGAACCGGACCGCAGGAGACUGCUUACUUGAUUCAGUGCUACAAGCUACCUGGGGCAUUUAUGACAAGGACUCGGUGCUUCGGAAAGCCCUGCAUGACAGCCUGCAUGACUGUUCACAUUGGUUUUACACACGUUGGAAAGAUUGGGAAUCGUGGUAUUCUCAGAGCUUUGGUUUACAUUUCUCCUUGAGGGAAGAACAGUGGCAAGAAGACUGGGCAUUCAUACUGUCUCUUGCCAGCCAGCCUGGAGCAAGCUUGGAACAGACGCACAUUUUUGUACUUGCACAUAUUCUUAGACGACCAAUUAUAGUUUAUGGAGUGAAAUAUUAUAAAAGUUUCCGGGGAGAAACUUUAGGAUAUACUCGGUUUCAAGGUGUUUAUUUGCCUUUGUUGUGGGAACAGAGUUUUUGUUGGAAAAGUCCGAUCGCUCUGGGCUAUACAAGGGGCCACUUCUCUGCUUUGGUUGCCAUGGAAAACGAUGGCUACGGCAACCGAGGUGCUGGUGCUAACCUGAACACGGACGACGACGUCACUGUCACGUUCUUGCCUCUGGUGGACAGCGAAAGGAAGUUACUGCACGUGCACUUUCUUUCUGCUCAGGAGCUAGGUAACGAGGAGCAGCAGGAGAAGCUACUCCGGGAGUGGCUGGACUGCUGUGUGACCGAGGGCGGCGUGCUGGUGGCCCUGCAAAAGAGCUCUCGGCGGCGCAACCACCCGCUGGUCACGCACAUGGUGGAGAAGUGGCUUGACCGCUACAGACAGAUCCGGCCUUGUACUUCCCUGUCUGACGGAGAGGAAGACGACGACGAUGAAGAUGAAUGA